UCUGGGCCACCGUACAUACGUCAUUUUCGUAAAGGAACUAAACGAUGUUAUCCUGUAGCGAAAAUUAUUCUAAUGUGAUUUUGGUAGUCUGAACGUCAAUACGCGUUUUAUUGCACUACAGACUAUAUGCAUUGGUGGUCAACCAGAACAAUUGACGGUCAGACAAUCCCAUAAAGAAACAAAGUCGACAAUGAGGAGACGAAGGCCGCAAGACUUAAAAUAUGAUACUGGAACCCAGACAAGUUCCCGUAAAAGGAAGGAAGCAAAUAAUGCGACAGGCUCUGAUUCUGACGAAGGGUCUCCAAACAAGAUCCAGAAAACCUCUCUGUCUGGAGAUGAGGAGGUCGCAAAUGACAGAAAGGAGGACACAAAUGCCAUGCUCCUGGACUUGGAUGAAGAUAUGGAUCAGGAAGAUGAGGAAGUCAUGACUAUGGAGAUUUCAAACUGCCGCACGGAUGCAGAAGACUCUCCUGCUGAACAUCUGAGGUCAGAAAAGGAAGAACGUACAGACAGCGUCUCGAUGGGAGAAUUAAGAUAUGAUCUUAGGCGCAGGCCUAUCCGUCCAAGACUGGCGGAAGAAGGUGGAUCCAGGUAUCAGACAGAGAACCGGUUGCCUCUUGACAGGGGUGACACACUCUCACCCUCAUGGCCUGGAAUUAAAGAAAAACAGAAGGUUCAGGUAACCUGGCAGAAAGGGCUGGCAAAAAGGUCUACAGAUUCCAGGUAUCAGGCAGAGAUCCAGCUGUCUAAUAAGACCAACACGCUCUUACAUUCAAGACCUGGAAUUAAGGAGAAAGACUGGCAGGUAGACUGGACUAAAGGUGUAAACCGAACAAACCAGAGAGAUCCGAAUUAUCAGAUUUCAGAAGCACCCUACUUAACGGCAAGCACAGCCGUCCCUUAUCUGCCGGAAAGGGCUUUUCCAAGUCGACUGACUGCUGAAACGAGAAAAAAAGGAGACCAGUUAAAGUACUUUGCAGCAAUCUUCCUGAUCAUCUUGGUAAUUCUGCUUACAUUCUGGUCACUGAAGACAAACACCAGCAAAAGGGAAAUAGACUUCAGUGACAUUUUGUUGGAUGUGAAAUCAGCUUUCCCGAGCCAGAGGGUGGAGUUCUGGAAGAGGUGCACCAUCCACCUGCAGCGACACCUCAGACUGGCCCAGCCCACAGAACCUGUCAGCAUGAUCCUGACCUCAGGCUAUGGGGCGAAGGAGACACUGCGAUGCCUAGCUGACCGCUUGGCGACCGCCUUCUCCUCGCACUUCCAUAAUGCCUCCAUUCUGCACAUCGAUGGCGCCAGUAGGGCGGCGCUAGACAGCGACCAGGUCAAGCUAGACAUGGACCAGAAGAUGACGGGCGCCUUUGAGGGUGGCCAGAUGGCAGCAGUAAUCCACCGCUUUGACGACCUCCCACCGGCGUCAACGCUCAUCUUCUACCGGUACUGCGACCACGAGAACGCCGCGUACAAAGCGGUGUUCCUGGUCUUCACUGUGCUGCUUCCUGUGGAGGAGCUUGACUCGAAGCUCAGCCUGAAUGCUGUGGAGGAGAAGGUACAAGACCACAUCCAGAGCCGCUUUGUUUCCACCAACCAGCCAGGCACUUUUAAUCAGAUGGACCAUGACAAGUUUGGAGGCUUGUGGAGCCGCAUCUCCCACCUCAUCCUGCCUGUGUCUGUGGAGGAGAACAUCGAGAGAAACGGCUGCACUCGCUGAAGCAAACUGGACUAAACUGUACCAGUUAUAUCUCAAUUAUAGAUAAAAAUCUAAUUAUGUUUAAGCAAAAUUAAGGUAUUCUGUUUGAGUCUGUAUCCUUGUUUUGUUUUCUAUUCUGUGUAGCCUGUAAUGUGUUUUAUGAACCUUAAGCCUACAUUUGUAAUAUCACUGAAGGUUCCCAGAACUUUAUGGCAGUCUUCACAAAGUGAGCAGUGGUGUCUUAAUGGUCAGGGAAGUGCACUUGUAAUAGAAAGAUUGCAUGUUCGACUCCCUGACCAGCAAGGCACCACUGAGGUAUCCUGAAGGUACUACUCCCCAGUUACUGAAUUAGCUGCCUCCAGCUAUGUCACGACGUUACAUGCAGAGGACACAUUUUGUUAUUGUGUGCUGUGGUUUGUCAGCAAUGACCACUGAUCACUAAAUCCUAAAUAUACAUGGAGGGAAGGUUAUAUGUUUCCUUCUUCUUAGAAACAUCCCAUUUCCGGAUAAUCAGCGCUAUAGUUUGUGCGUUUAAUUUAAAUGGCAUAUUGUCUUUGUCAAUAGUCCCUAAAUAAAGGUAAGUAGUUA